AUGACUUUUGAUGAUAAUACAAUUGAUAUUCAUUUAACAAAACUUGUUGAUUGGCUUGUUGAUCGUCGUCAUUGUUCAAAAGAUUGGAAUGAAAGAUCUGUUGCUAUUCGAGCAAAAAUUCAACAAGCGAUCUUAGAUAUGCCUGAACAUGAUGAAAUCAAAAGAUUACUUGGAUCUUCAUAUUUGGAUUAUUUUUGUUGUUUGAAAAUUGUUGAAAUAUUAAAAGAAACAGAAAAAGAAAGUAAAAAUAUGUUUGGAAUGUAUUCGUCUCAACGAAUGAAAGAUUGGCGAACAAUCGUUUCAAAUUACGAAAAAAAUUCGGUUUAUCUAGUUGAAAGUGCACAAAUUCUUCAACGAAAUGUUGCAUUUGAAAUUCCUGCUUUAAGAAAACAUAUCAAUAAAUGUCAACAAAUUCGUGAUGAAUGUCACACACGUCAUGCGGAAUUAGAAAAGAAUAUUCAUGAAAUUGAGAAACAAUACACUCAAUUGUGUCAUGAUAUGUCGAUUAAAGGUGAAAAUGUCCAAAAAGAAUUAAUUCAACGUAUUGAAUAUUUACCCAAUAUUUGUACGGAAUUAGUCAAUGGUGAAACAAGUUUAAUCGGUUUAUUGAAACCAACUGUAGAGUUUUAUAUUGAAUUUAUGAAACAUUUUCAUUCAACAACAAAAUCUGAUAAUGAAGAAUAUCUUCCGAUAUUGAAAUAUUUAAUUCAAUAUGGAAAUACAACUGUUUAUCAAUGGAAAACAGGUGGUCAUGCUCCUGUUAGUAUUGAACGACCCGCAUUGAAUUACAAAUUUGCAGAAGCUGCAGAAAUGAACGAAACAGAACCGAACAUCAUUCUUGGUUUAGACGAUGAUGACAAUUUGGCAACAACAAUUGAAGGAAUUGAAGUGAAACAAACAGCUGAACAAUCGGAUGUGAUUGAUUUUGAUAUUGAACCAGAAAUUGAUUGGUCUGCCAUUGACACAGUUCCUGAACUACUUGAUCCAGCCUUGACAUCGAAUGGUACUCAUCCAAAUUCAAUUCCUGAUGCGCUAAGAGAGGCAGCAACUAAUGGAGCGACUCAUCCAACGGAUGAUGGAAUUGCUCGUGGAAAUGAUGCAUUAACUUUGUUGGAAAAUCGUCAAACAUAUACAUUGUUUAUUCACGAACUUCAUCGAAUUCAAUCGUUUUUAAAACAACGUCUCAACGAAUAUCACGUUAAUGAAACGAUUUUGAUGACGUUUAUCAUGCAAAAUGCACCAAGUUCCGUUCAAAAAAUCAAUGAAAAUGAUUUGAAAACAUUUUUGAAAAAUAUUGAUUCGAUCUUUACAUCGGUUGCUCAACGACAGAUAGAUCGUCUAUUUUCCAUGCGUGAUUCGUAUAAAUUUGUUGAUCGUCUUGUCAAUUCUUUUCAACAAAAGAAAGUUGCAGUGGAAAGAAAUCGUCUGCAACAAAAAGAAUUAGAAGAAAAAGCAGCAAAUUCGUUGAAAGAAGAACAGGAAAUCAAAGAGAAACUGAAUCUUUUAAUUUCUUAUACUAAACAACUUAAAGAACAGGUUGCAAAAGAAAUUUCCGUGAAAAAAUGCCAAAACCGACGUGGUCAUGCUCCUGUUAGUAUUGAACGACCCGCAUUGAAUUACAAAUUUGCAGAAGCUGCAGAAAUCGACGAAACAGAACCGAAUAUCAUUCUUGGUUUAGACGAUGAUGACAAUUUGGCAACAACAAUUGAAGGAAUUGAAGUGAAACAAACAGCUGAACAAUCGGAUGUGAUUGAUUUUGAUAUUGAACCAGAUAUUGAUUGGUCUGCCAUUGACACAGUUCCUGAAUUACUUGAUCCAGCCUUGACAUCGAAUGGUACUCAUCCAAAUUCAAUUCCUGAUGCGCUAAGAGAAGCAGCGACUAAUGGAGCGACUCAUCCAACGGAUGAUGGAAUUGCUCGUGGAAAUGAUGCAUUGACUUUGUUGGAAAAUCGUCAAACAUAUACAUUGUUUAUUCACGAACUUCAUCGAAUUCAAUCGUUUUUAAAACAACGUCUCAACGAAUAUCACGUUAAUGAAACGAUUUUGAUGACAUUUAUUAUGCAAAAUGCACCAAGUUCCAUUCAAAAAAUCAAUGAAAACGAUUUGAAAACAUUUUUGAAAAAUAUUGAUUCGAUCUUUACAUCGGUUGCUCAACGACAAAUAGAUCGUCUAUUUUCCAUGCGUGAUUCGUAUAAAUUUGUUGAUCGUCUUGUCAAUUCUUUUCAACAAAAGAAAGUUGCAGUGGAAAGAAAUCGUCUACAACAAAAAGAAUUAGAAGAAAAAGCAGCAAAUUCGUUGAAAGAAGAACAGGAAAUCAAAGAGAAACUGAAUCUUUUAAUCUCUUAUACUAAACAACUUAAAGAACAGGUUGCAAAAGAAAUUUCCGUGAAAAAAUGCCAAAACCGACGUAUCAAUAUUAUGGGCGAAAUCAACACAUUAUAA